AUGCCCAAAACUUCAUCAGCUGCUUCAAGUGCAUCUUAUUUGAGCAGCUCGACAAAGCUUCCUCGUCUCGGAAGUAGAAAAGUUAUUGAGGAGGAGGAUUGUCCAAUUUCAUCACCCGAAAGGGUGGAAAGACUUUCAUCAGCCAAUUCAAAACUUCAAUCACCUAAAAGUAAUUAUUCAAGUCCAACUGCAAAAUCAGGUGUUUCCAUAAGGGAAAGAGCUUUUUCGAGAGCAAGGAGUGGAAUGGUACAACCAAUAUUACUAUCUAGUGAUGAUGAAGAUGGAAAUGGAGGAACAUUUUACCUGACUGAGGUUGGGACGAUGGCCAAGAAGAAAUUAAGGAAAAAGAAAAUUGUUGGAUGGAAUGUUAAGGAAGUUGAAUUAACUGCUGAUGGGCCACUUCCUUUUGAAUUGAAAUUUGAUCCUUUAAUUGAUAAUUUAAUGAAAAAUAUAAGAAUUUCUGAUUCGGAUAUUAAAGCAGUGUUUGAGAAGAAUUUCAGUCCAUACAAUCAUUUAAAUAGGAGUAUCAUACAGAAUUCUUUCUGGUUUGUCUAUUCAUUGUUUUUCCAGGAUAAACCAGAAGUUUGUGAGAGAUUCAUCUCUGAACUAUCACUUGAUAGUGCAAAAUUUGCUCUCAAUUUAGGAAGGCAUCACAGAGAUGCCUUUUUUGAAGUGUAUCAUUUAGCUGUUGCAUAUUGUAUUUUGAAAGCUUUGAGGAAACAUUUUUCUGCUUGUAAAAAGUUGUUUACAACAAAUUUCAAGGUUAGAGUUUACGAGGUUAUAUGUGAAGUGUUUUUAGGAAUUAGAUAUAAGAGAGAAUUCCUGCACAGUCAACGAACAAAAUAUUUUCCAAAGAAGAGCGAAGAUACCUUCUUUGAGAAGCUAUUGAGGAAACAAUCUAAAAAGUCAACAGAAACUUCAAAAUCUAAAAAGAAAGAAGUUGAUCAGUCAACUGUUUCUAAAUCGACAACAGCACCUAGACCUGAUUCAGCAUCAGAGAAGGAAUUUUAUUCAUCUAGUGAAGAGGAAGAAGAAACUCCAGACGAAAUGGAAGAAAUAGAUAAUACCUCAAAAGAUCACAUUUCUGAUCAAAUUCAAAAACUUGGUCUUGAUGAAAAUUAUCAUGCCCUCCCAUCAGAAGUUUUAGAACAAGAGAUUGAAGCAAUCGAGAAUAGAAAGAAGAAACUUAAAUUAGCCAAUAAGGAAGCAUCUAAAAGUAAUGUCGAACAAGGCAAGAAACAAAAGGAAUUGAGUCCAAGAAUUAGAAAUCCUGAAUACUUUAAAUACUUUUCAAAUGGUCAGACAGCUCCAAUGCAAGACAAGUAUUGGUAUACAUUCCAAAUGUCUCCACUGAUGUUAAAAGCACUGAGGAAACCUCCAGCAGAAUUUGCCUUGAAUUACACAUCACCCGAACUGGGUAAAAACAAAGUAAGACUAAUUCACAAAGAUGGUUUCUCAAAACCAAUCUUCUUUGGAAGUCUGUCCGAUCCAAAUAAGCUUGUCAAUAAUGUGAAAAAAUUCCAAAAAGUGUGGAAUCCUGAUAGUAUAGAGGAAGUUGAGAAGGUUCGUCAAAGGCUCAAGACCAAUAAGGAAAUGAGGAAAAGAAGUACACAAGAAUCUGAUAGAGAUAUUCGGUGGAUUAAAGGGAGUACUAGGGAGGAACUGAGGGUGAUCGAACAAGAAAAGAGGGAAGUGCUCCAAAAUAAGGACUCUGUAUCAAAUGUUUGCAACCAAAUAAUUAAGAAGAAUAUUGAAGAAUCAACCUCACGAGCAGAGAAACGAUAUCAAACUGUUCCUUCUUCUAACUUUAAAGGAAGUGCGUUUGCUACAGUACUACAUGAAAAUUAUAAUACCAUGAACAAAAAACUUCAAAAACUUGACAAGCUCCUUUCUACGACUGGUGAUAGAUGUUUAAUAACUAAGGAACAACAUUUGAAAGAGGAAGAAGAUCUUGGGACUGAUCUUGAUAAGAAAGAUCCACCAAAAGCUCUUAAUGUAUCCUUAUUUGAUUAUCUGUAG